AUGCCUGUCAUUGAACUCACUAGCAAAGCCAACUUCCUAGAGAAGAUCCUUAGCUCAGAAGACCCCGUCCUCCUCGACUGCUACGCCGAUUGGUGCUCACACUGCAAAGCCAUCGCACCCAAGAUUGAAGAAUUGAGCAACGUCUACACCCAGGUUAAAUUCUACAAGGUGGAUGUCGAUAAGGUCGAGGAUGUCGGGCAGGAGCUAGGUGUACGGGCUAAGCCUACAUUCAUGCUAUUCAAGGGCGGGGACAAGAUCACUGAGGUUGUUGGGGCUCACUUGUCUUCCAUUGAGGAGGGGAUCAAGACUCAUCUUAUUUGA